AUGAAUGGGCCCUGCAGGGACUCGCCCCCAGACAUCGUUUCCUUCACCGUGGCGAUCCAGGCGUGCCAGGAGGGUGCGCAGUGGAAUGGGCCCCUGGAGCUGUUGGAGGAAGAUGUGGCACGUCGUGCUGUUGUGAUGGUGAGCGUCGGGGGGGCAUGGGAAUGUUGGACACCCAAGGAGUGCAUGCGGCACAGGCGUAUUUGGCCGGAUGUCAUGAGCUUCAACUUGGCUCUCCGAGCCAGUGCUCAGCGCUGGCAGUGUGCUCGGCAACUGCUCUCAGGGGCGCAUCUUGGGAUCCGGCCCAACCUCCUCAGCUUUGAUAGCCUUCUGAGCCCAGAACUUGGGUGGAACGCCACGCUGGUUCUGCUGGGUCAGCUGGCCUCCCUGAACCUGGAGCCUAACACAGCGCAUGGGCUGCAGGUAACCUUGAACGCGGCGCUGGCCUCCCAGGCCGAGGCAGGCCGGUGGCAGCAGUGCCAGCUACUCUUCGAUCACCUUCCAGGUGCCGGAACAGGCAUCCGGCCCGACCUGAUUAGCUUCAACUCCGCCAUGAAGGCUUCGAAGGCAUGCCAAGGUCGCUGGUGCUGGUCCUCUGACCUGCUCCAGCGCAUGCAGCUGGCAGGUUCAAUGCCGGAUAGCAUCAGUCUUACGUCUUCGAUCGCUGCAAAGGGCAGGGGCAUGCAGUGGCGGCUUGCGCUGCAAGGUCUUUACGCCCGGUCCGGUCGCACCAUCCGUCAGAACGUUAUCAUCUGUACUGCUGCUGUGGGCGCUUGCCACGCUGCAGAUGAGUGGCUUGCAGCUUUGGCCGUGUUGGGCACCAUGGUGCUUUCCGCCGUGGAGCACGACGCCAUGUCACAGAAUUGGGAGACCCAUGCAUACGCAGGUGCCAGCCAGUGGGCACAGGCUCUGCUUCCUCACGCGCUUGGCGCAACGCAGAAUGAGUUUGGCUCACAUCUCACACUCGCCCUUGCAGAAAGUGGCCACCAGUGGCAGCUGGCACUACAAAUGCUGCGGGGCAGCAGGCAGACCUCGUUGAAGCCGACCGCUUGUGACGUCAGCUCCGCUAUGACUGCUGCUACCGCCUGUGCCCGGUGGCCGCACGCCCUCAACCUCUUCACCUCUUCCCGCCUGGUCCUGGAAAGCCAAGGUGGCAGAGAUUUGGCCCUCCACAACGCUGCCGCCUGGCUGAGCAUCAGCUUGAACAUGAGCGUGAUUCAGGGCAUCUACCUUGCGGGCUUUGGGAUGAGCGCCGCCUGCAUCCAGUAUUGGAACUUCGGCGGGCGUGAGGUGCUACUUACCCUCUUCUGCGUGGUGUUCGGCGUCAUGUCUGUAAGUUCCAUCGUCCAGUACAUCCGAGACUCUGCCUCGGGACACCAUGCUGCAACGGAGGUCUUCGGAUUCAUCGACAAGGUCCCCAAGAUCGAUGCCACGUAG